CUCAUCGUGACACUGAACUAAAAGCAAGACGUGUAAAAAAGAAUUGACAACAUGAAUUCAAAAUUGCUUUUCGUUUUUGGAUUGGUCCUUUUGGCUGGUCUCGCUAUGGCUAAACCAGGUAGGUUUAAUUAAAAAAGAUUGUUAAACUUUAUAGCGUCUUACUGGGGUAUCCAUGUAAUCGACUUGUCCAUGGACAUUGUAUUGUUGACACAGUGGAUGCAUGUAUGCUGUACCAUCCAUUUACGAAGAGUGUUCGCAGUUCGACUCUACAAAAACAGCAGAGGUUUUCCUCGGGUGCUCUUGCUUCCUCCUGUGAUAGCAACUGAACCAAUAAAUUAUGGACCUUUUUGAACUUUUACAUAGCGCCCAGAACCGGCAGUUCAGAAGUGAUGAAACUAUAUUUAAUAUAAACUUAGUUCAGGUUUCCUUCUGACGUUCUGUGGUAACACUGUAUGCAAUAAGUUAUUACCGACUCACUUGAUGGAACUCCAGGAGUUUCCAGAUUCAUGAUUUACCUCAGGCGCAUGUUAGAAGGGUACUUCUAGUUCGUAUUAGACAUUGCUGGUUUUCUCUAAGUUCUCCAGUUUCCUCCUGUGGCAAUACUGGAUCAUUUAAUUAAGCAUGGCUUUUUGUAUACUGUUCGUGUGAGUAGUUGAAAUAUGUCUUCUCUCACGGCAUGUAACGAUAACCAGAGCAUGUUUUUCUAAUUUCAGAUGAGUUCAACGAAUACGAAGAGAGUCAGCAGGACGAGACUGAAACGCCUGAGAAAGAAAAAACAGCAAAUGACGAAGAAUCAAAAAUGGUCAUGGAAGACAUGAACACUGAAACUUCAAUGGCUCUCGUAGAAAAUGAUCCUGACACCAUUAAAAACAAAGGAUGUAAGUUUAUGAUGGAGAGAUCUUUAGACAACAUACACACAUCUAUCUACUCAGCUACCUAUCUACCUACCUACCUAUAACCUACAGUCUGCAUGAUUCACAUAUGUAUACCUGUGGUAUGUCGGCGGGCUAUUGUCGUAAGCAGUUCAAAUAAUUCACAAAAGAAUGUAUGCAUCAACGACUGUAAACAGGCAUACCGCAGACAUAUGUGAACCAGGCUUACUCCAAUCUACCUACCCACUUAAUCUUUCAUACUGAGAGUCUCACAGGAGACUGCAUGGGAGUCUCACAGGAGUGUCUGUGUUUCCUUGCAAAUUUUUCCUGUGUUCCCUUGAUAUCAUCAUAUAUUCCUUGUUUCCCAAGCUUACUUCUUGGCCUUGCUUCCAUUGCAAAAUAUGCCUUGCUCCCUAUAUAUAAAUCCCUGGGAGACCCUGGCCAUAGUUAUUCAGUUCUUACAUAGUCCGAACUAUAGAGAAUUAUAUAUAACUGGUGUUUUCUGGACCUCUUCUAGUGUGUCACUACGGUAUUGCUGUUUGGUUCAAACCUGGAGCUUCUGUUCGAUGUAACUGUAUGAAAUGGUAGGUCAAUAUAAAGAAAAUAACUUGAAAUCUAUCUUCUUCUUUAAAUGACCACUGCAUGGACCAACAAGGAGCGAUUCUCUAGGGAGAACAGUUUAGAACUGAUAGAGCUAUACAGUAUAAAUAUAUGUAAGUUUAGUUUAGGUUUCCUCCUGUAGUAACACUGGACCAAUAAGAGAUGGUUCUUACUGGACCUCUAGGGAGAACAGUUUAAGAACUGAUAGAGUUAUCCAGUAUAAAUAAAGUUAGUUUAGUUUAGGUCUCCUCCUGUGGUAACAUUAGAUUAGUUAAUAAAAGGUAAUUACUCUUAGAACUGACAGAGCUAUCCCGUAUAAAUAAAGUUACAAAAGUUUCAUCUUAUGGGUGUUUUUGUGUAUUUUAGUACGUGUAAAAAUGGUGGAAACUGGGCAUGCGCAUACAACUUCGCCUAUUGUCCAUACUUCUGUAAGUAUAUCAAUUUGUAUAAAUAUACAUUUUGAGUAUAUCAAAUAUUUGACUUUUCAUAUAUAUGUAGUAGUCUUGUAUUUGAGGCAAUUAAAUGUAAAAUUGAGAGACACCUCGUUGUUUUGACUUUUAAAACAUGCUUAAUUUUUACCUUUACAGACUGUGGCAAUCAAAUCUAUAAUCCUUCCACACAAAUCUGUUGCUGUGGUAAAGUUCACGCCAAGAAACGACACCAUGCUUGCUGUGGUUACUUCUACUAUGACGCAAGAUACUCCCAAUGUUGUAACUACUUCUCAGUCAAAUCCAAAAAGGCAAAAUGCCCUCGCUUCAGAAUCUAAGCUGGUUUCUCCCGACUCGGCUUUAUUUGAUAAAAACAUUAUAAUGACAUUUGUGUUACAAUUCUUAUAAUAAAAUAUACGCUGGCCUUUAUUUCUUAAAACAUGUGAAUUAUAUCAUUUCUAUGCUCAAAAUUUUUUCAAUAUAUGCAUAUAACAUUUCAGAUUGUAAUAUUUAGAGGUAUAAAUUAAAAUUUAAUGUAAAGAAUUAUUUUUCAAUAAAAGUA